AUGAAGUCAACGUUCAAUUCUCUUGCUGCGGUUCGCUUUGAAGUGGAGAACAAGAGAAUCAAAAACCCCGCUGUGGAGAAGUGGCUGGACGAUCUUCUGGAUGUUGUCGAUGAUGCUGAGGACUUCUUUGGCGAUAUUCAAUACAAUGCUAUGAAACCCGACAAAGCUGAUGAGUCGAAGAAAGAAAAACGAAAGGCUAUUAGUAAGUUACUCUCUUGUUUCUCCAAACCUUCUAAUUCAGCUGAUCGUGUAAGAAAUGCCAAUAUGGAAGUGAUUCUUAAGAGGUUGGAGUACGUAGCCAAUCAAAUUGGAAACUUCAAUCUUGAAAAGAAUGUUGGUGAGGUGAAACCAACGGAAAGGUUACGUUUGAAGACUUCUUUGCCAGAUGAACCUGAACUUUACGGUAGAAAGAAUGAUGAAGAUGUUUUGAUGAAGUUGUUGAUGUUCGAUGAUGUAGGUAGUUCAAAGAUAUGUGUCAUUCCAAUAUUGGGAAUGGGCGGGGUCGGAAAAACCACCCUUGCUCAAACCCUUUUCAACAAUGAAGGAGUGACAAAGAUGUUUGAACUUAAGGCAUGGGUGUAUGUCUCUGAUAAAUUUGAUGCCAUGGCUGUGACAAAAAGCAUUCUUCAACAAGUUGCUCCAGGUGAAGCUUCAAGUGACAUGGAUUUGAAUUUGCUUCAGGUUAAUUUGACAAAGAAGUUAACAGGAAAGAAGUUUUUGAUUGUUUAA